GUAAGCAUCCAAACAACCCACAACGAGCUCGUCAUGCGCCCAUUCACCAUUUGCACAGCUCUGCUGGCCAUCGUCGCCCUGGGCGUGGCCAGUCCUUUGAGCAACACCUAUCUGCCACCACAGGCCAAUGCGUAUAGCGGCUACAGUUCGGCUGGAUCGAGCGGCUUCAGCUCCUAUGCACCAUCGAGCUCCUACUCAUCGCGCUCGCAUGGCGGCAGCUAUGCAACGCCAUCUCGACAGUAUUUGGCGCCGGCCACAUCUCUCAGCAGCUACUCGACCGGCGGUGCCAGCAGUUACUCUGCCCCAGCCAUCUCACAUGGCAGCUACUCGUCAGCUGGCUCAUCAUUCGCAGCUCCAUCGCGUCAGUACCUGGCUCCAGCAGUUUCUCAUAGCAGCUACUCGGCUCCAGCAGUUUCUCAUAGCAGCUACUCGGCUCCAGCCAUCUCCCACAGCAGCUACUCCGCACCAGCUGUCUCCCAUAGCAGCUACUCGGCUCCAUCUCUCUCUCAGAGCAGCUACUCUUCCUCGGCCUCAACAUAUGCUCCUUCCCGCCAGUAUUUGGCACCAGCUGUCUCACGCAGUAGCUACUCCGCACCAGCUGUCUCCCAAAGUAGUUACUCCGUUCCAGCCAUCUCCCAUAGCAGCUACUCCGCUCCAGCCGUCUCCCGCAGCAGCUACUCUGCUCCAGCCGUCUCCCAUAGCAGCUACUCCGCUCCAGCCAUCUCCCGCAGCAGCUACUCCGCUCCAGCUGUUUCACACGUCAGCUACUCCGCUCCAGCCGUCUCUCAUAGCAGCUAUUCCUCGCCAGCUCGUUACGCCUCCUCCUUCGGCCAGGGUCUUGGUGGCUAUGCUGCAGGCUCUUCAGCUUCAGCUCGUAGCUUUGGACAGGGCUUUGGUGGAUCCCGCUAUGCAAGCGGAGGCGUCUAUGGUGGAGGCGGCACUCGCUACGCUGCCAACGGUGGAUACGCGUACCGUCAUAAGCAUUAAGCUGAUCUCCACAAUUUCGAAUUGAAUCGGGCUAAAGGUUAACAACAAAACGAA